ACGGGAGAACUCCUUCGCAGUUACUGUGGACAGACGUUGAGUGUGAGUGGUCUUCAGGUGGUUGGACGAGUGCUGGUCUCGUCUUGUUUAGACAAGCUUAUUCGCUGCUAUGAUCUUAUGUCCGCAGAGCUGCUUCAAGCAUAUGGAGGACAAUCAGAUAUGAUUUUUUCUGUCCAUGUGUCAAAUGGAAGGAUCUACAGUGGUGGCCGAGAUGGAAAGUUAACGAGUGUGAAACUAGACUUGAGAGUGUAUCAUCCCUGUAAGUGGAAAGACUGUCAACUUAAUUUUGGUAUCUCGUCGCACAUGAAGGAUCAUUUGAAAGAAUCCCAUGUCAUUCAGCCUGGAACUAUAGAGAAGUGCCUUUGGGCAGACUGUGGUCAAGUUUUCGCGGAUUCUGAAGAAAUAGAGACUAUUAUGGACCAUGUCUUGGGUCACGUGGAUUCAAAGAACAGCAAUUCUAAAAACUGAUACAAGCACAGAUUCCCAUGUCAGCAUUCAUAGAAAUUCUUAUAAUUGUUCAAUUUGUAAUUACUAUAUAGCAUUAUUAAACCGUUAUUGAUCAUCAAGAAA